UCCUCCUGGCCUCACAUCCGGGUCUGGAGCGCGGCAGCCGCUGUCAGUGUUGGUGCGGUCGCGUCGGGGGCCGGGCCGGGGCGCAGUAAAUGGCGGCGGAGGGAGGCGGAGCGGCCGCAGCGGUCAGCCCAGAGCCCCCGAAACUUUAGGCUAGGAGCCCCACAACUUUUCCGGGAACUGCUGCCUCUCCGGGGGCGUGGACGGAAGGGGGCAGGCGAGGCGGGAAGUCUGGGGGGAAGCGGCGGGGAGCCGGGGAGACUCGAACCCGCGGCGGGGGCGGUGGCGGAGUCCGCCCGGGCCUCGCGCCGCCGCGGCCCCCGCCUCCUUCCCCGCGCCCUCCCCGCGGCCGCCGAGGCGGAGCCUCUUAGGCGGCGGCGCGCCGAGCCCAGCCGGGCCCCCUCCUCGCGACCUCCGGGCCCUGUGGCUCGGACGCCCCCGGCGCGCGCGCGAGGCCGGGGCUCCCCGCCGCUUCGGGGGGCGAGGAGGAGGCGGCCGGGCGGCGCGCAGUCCCCGCCGUCCCGGGGUCGCGAGGCCGGGCCCCGGGUGUUGCAUGCGGAGCGGGGUGGCUGUGAGCGGAGGCGAAGAUGGAAGGUUUAACGCUGAGCGAUGCGGAGCAGAAAUACUACUCGGAUCUCUUCUCCUACUGCGACAGCGAGAGCACCAAGAAGGUGGCGGCCCACGGGCGGGUGCUGGAGCUGUUCCGGGCCGCACAGCUGCCCAGCGACGUGGUCCACCAGAUUAUGGAGCUUUGUGGUGCAACUAGACUUGGUUAUUUUGGAAGAAGUCAGUUCUAUAUUGCUUUGAAACUUGUAGCUGUUGCCCAGUCUGGCUUCCCUUUAAGGGUGGAAAGUAUAAAUACAGUAAAGGACCUUCCUCUGCCAAGAUUUGUUGCUUCAAAGAAUGAACAGGAAUCUCGUCAUGCAGCCUCAUAUUCUUCAGAUUCUGAAAAUCAAGGGUCUUAUUCUGGUGUAAUUCCCCCACCACCGGGCAGGGGGCAAGUGAAAAAGGGAUCCACAAGCCAUGAUACUGUCCAGCCUCGUACAUCCGCAGAUCAGCAGGAACCUGUAUCCCCAGUAGUUUCGCCACAGCAGUCUCCACCAACUUCUCCACACUCAUGGAGGAAGCACAGCCGCCAUCCCAGUGGAGGAAACAGUGAGAGGCCUCUUGCAGGACCUGGGCCAUUUUGGUCUCCCUUUGGUGAAGCACAAUCAGGUUCUUCUGCUGGUGAUGCAGUAUGGUCAGGGCAUUCUCCACCUCCACCUCAAGAAAAUUGGGUCAGUUUUGCAGAUACUCCACCAACCAGUACUCUUUUAACCAUGCAUCCUGCUUCUGUCCAGGACCAGACAACAGUACGAACUGUAGCAUCAGCUACAACUGCCAAUGAAAUUCGUAGGCAAUCCAGUAGUUAUGACGAUCCCUGGAAAAUAACAGAUGAACAAAGACAGUAUUAUGUAAAUCAAUUUAAAACCAUUCAGCCUGAUCUAAACGGAUUUAUUCCAGGAUCUGCAGCUAAAGAGUUUUUUACAAAAUCAAAACUUCCUAUUCUUGAACUUUCUCAUAUUUGGGAACUCUCAGACUUUGAUAAAGAUGGAGCCUUGACACUGGAUGAGUUUUGUGCUGCUUUUCAUCUGGUAGUUGCUAGGAAGAAUGGCUACGACUUACCGGAAAAACUUCCUGAAAGCUUAAUGCCCAAACUGAUUGAUUUGGAAGAUUCAGCAGACGUUGGGGAUCAGCCAGGUGAGGUAGGUUAUUCAGGCUCUCCUGCAGAAGCACCUCCAAGCAAGUCUCCAUCAAUGCCGUCACUAAACCAGACUUGGCCCGAGCUGAAUCAGAGCAGUGAGCAGUGGGAGACAUUUAGUGAACGCUCUUCAAGCUCACAAACUCUGACCCAAUUUGAUUCUAACAUUGCACCAGCUGAUCCUGAUACUGCUAUUGUUCAUCCAGUUCCCAUUCGUAUGACCCCAAGCAAAAUCCACAUGCAGGAAAUGGAACUUAAAAGAACUGGCAGUGAUCAUACUAAUCCCACUAGCCCAUUACUUGUGAAAACAUCUGACCUUUCAGAAGAAAAUAAGAUAAAUUCAUCAGUGAAAUUUGCUUCUGGAAAUACUGUAGCAGAUGGUUACAGUAGUUCAGACUCUUUUACUUCGGAUCCAGAACAGAUUGGGAACAAUGUAACUCGUCAAAGGUCUCAUUCAGGAAUGUCGCCUGAUAACACUGCACCACCACCUCCCCCUCCAAGGCCUCAGCCCUCUCAUUCUAGAUCGUCAUCUUUAGAUAUGAAUCGGACCUUUUCAGUCACCACAGACUUGUGUGUUCACACAGGACAGCAACAGGCUGGAGUUGUUGCCCAACCUCCUGCAGUGCCUCCAAGACCACAGCCCUCACAGGCUCCUGGUCCCAUUGUGCAUCGCCCAGUGGAUGCCGAUGGCCUAAUAACUCACACUAGUACCUCACCUCAGCAGAUACCAGAACAACCAAAUUUUGCAGAUUUCAGCCAAUUUGAAGUAUUUGCUGCAUCAAAUGUAAAUGAAGAACAAGAUGAUGAAGCCGAGAAACAUCCAGAGGUCUUGCCGGUUGAAAAAGCUUCUGAUCCUGCAAGUUCUCUUCGAGUUGCCAAAACAGAUAGUAAAAUUGAAGAAAAGACAGCUGCUAGCGCUCCCGCCAAUGUGAGCAAAGGCACAACACCUCUUGCUCCACCACCUAAACCUGUUCGAAGGAGAUUAAAAUCAGAAGAUGAAUUAAGGCCAGAAGUUGAUGAACAUACACAAAAGACAGGUGUCCUAGCUGCUGUUCUUGCAUCACAACCUUCUAUUCCUAGGUCUGUUGGAAAAGAUAAGAAAGCUAUUCAGGCGUCAAUUAGACGCAAUAAGGAAACCAACACAGUUUUGGCCAGAUUGAAUAGUGAAUUGCAGCAACAAUUAAAGGAUGUUCUUGAAGAGAGAAUUUCCCUGGAAGUUCAACUGGAACAACUUCGACCAUUCUCUCACCUAUAAGCCAAUUGCCGUUAACUGUGAACAUACCCAUUUUUAAGCGGUUUUGGGUUCAAAGCCAAUUUGGAGACCCAGACAUUCAGCUCACUGCUUAAUUCAACAUUAAAUUGUAUGAUUCUGUUUCGCCCUAUGUGUUCACCAUUGUAUUUAAGUACCUUUUAUUUUUUAAUUGCAACAAUAAAAGGGUCAGGAUGACUUCGUGGAGGGUGUGUUGUGUUUGUUGGCACAGCCCGCCCUUGUUGCUCCAUAGCGUUAGGAGUACAUCCAUAACAUUGGUCCAUUAUACUUAUGUGACCAGAACCGCUCACUGCUUGGAUUUACAGAACGGGCUUCUCAUUUACACCUCGAGCACAGACUCAGAAAUAUUUACAGAAGGAGACAAAAUUAAAUAAACUGUCAGUUUGUCUUUAGGUUUAAUACUUAACAUAAAGAAUCCAAAAAUCUUUAAAAUGCGUUUCCUGUUUAAUUUUUGAUUUGAAAGAACUAUAUGGUGUAAGGCAUUCGUUAACCAUAAGCUCUGCCAUAAUUAACAUUCUUCAAGAGUCACAUGGUACUUUCAGACUUUUCCACGUCAACUUGGGGGGCAGAUUUUAUGUUUGCCUUGUGAAAAUUUGAUCGGUUUCACCUGUAACUUAGACUUGCUUGUGUGUGAGAUUUUAAUUCCACAGCAGUCAUGUAAACUUACGAAUUAACUGUGAAGACAGGCCUUUUUAAAUUGUCCCCUAGAAGCAAAGGGAAAGUGUUGACACCACAAACAACGUAAGUACUGUCCACUUGAAAACAUCACCACUUUUUGCAUGAUUUAUGUACUUAACUCUCAAUGAGAAGCUUAUGCUCAUCAGUCUCUACACGUUUUUUCAAGUAAUAUGUUUUAAAAUUUCUGAGGACCUUAAUUAUUCACAGAAUAAAUGGAAACUCCUUAAGAUUUCUAGUUUAUCUUGAGCUAUCUUGUUACUCAUUCUUUGGCCAUAGAGAGGUUUUUCCUGUUAACAAACGGUUUCUGAAGUUUGUCCUAUUCAGGAUAAUGUAGCGUCUCAGGAUUUGUUUUGUAUUAGAUGAUAUUUUCAUUUUGAUCACAUUUGUAAGUUUGCAUUUAUUGCUGACUAACAGAUAUUCCUUUAACGUUUUCUUCUCUCUGUGACAUCAUAGAUGUUAAGCUGCAUGGAUAUAUCAUAAAAGAAUCAAAAGUGUGAUUUUACACUAAUAAAAACAGUAUUUUAACUUUUGUA